AAACAAACGUCAUGAAAAUAUUCGUUACAGCAUUUACGUAAUAACUUGUGAUUUAAGAUCCAGAGACCACAUCAGAAGAUGACAUGGAGAGAGCGGAUAGAAGCCAUGUGGGAGCUGAUAGUCAGACUGCCUCCAUUAUAUGUCAUGGACAGCAUUCUUAACAAGUCCUUCUUUCCAGAAUUUUCUCUGUUUCAGUACCAACCAUCAAUGUCAUGGGCUGAGUAUUUUUUGUGGAUACUUAUAAUGACUUUGUUGUUUGUCCUGGCCCUCUGUGUCUUUUUGCUGACCACUGGCCAGUUACAGGACAUCUACAGCUUGGUCACUCUUCUCAGCCUGCUCUACAUGUCCUACCAGUGGAACCAGAACUUUCCUGUACCACUGGACAUCAAGCAUUCCUCGGAUGUCAAACAUAACUAUUAUGACAUCAUGCAGAAUGCAGUCACACAGAUUUUCUUGUCCUACACAUUCACUUAUAUAUGGACCCUAAGGAAAAGAACUUUACCUAGAAAUGGAAUCAGGGCACUUAUUUCACUGGGAAUUAUGUCAUCCUUUAUGUUUCCUUCCAUUGUGUGUGUAGUGUCUCAGGAUAUUGGGUAUUUAUAUUGGGUGACUCUGAUAUCCAUAGUGAUUCCGUCUAGCGUUCUAUUCGCAGAAGUAUGGAUCUGUGUCAGAGCUGUAGUUUGGACACUAAGACGGAUAUACAAUGUGAUAAAGAUAACCAUUAGUGCUAUUGGAAUUCAAGGAUUUGUUGAACAUCACUGGAUCAGACUAAGGGUACCAAAAGUGCUACGAUUAUUUUGGAUAUCUAGACUAUUUUAUCAUUUCACCAUGUUGUGUCUUGAAGAGCUGUACCAAAGAGAAGCUACACUGAUCUCUGUACACUCUUUAGACUAUCAGUCGAUCAUUAUCAAAUUAUUCACACAGAGCUGUGAGAACUUUGUCGCCAUGCUGGGCAUGACGAGUAUAGUGUCAUUCUUGGCGCAUCACGUGGGCGUUUUCUUGGCAUUCUGUGUAGGAUCUGACUCGGAGGAGGAUCGUAAUAUGGGGACGGUGUCUGCGAUUCUGUUCUUUAUUCUGGGCCUUCAAACAGGGCUGACUGGACUUACACCAGACAUUAGACUAGCAAGACUCUGUAAAAACUUCUGUCUGCUUCUUACUGCCAUCUCUCAUUUCAUUCACAGCAUGAUUCACCCAAUUCUGAUGUCCCUCAGUGCGUCACAGAGCAGUCAUGUGGUGCGACAUUUGCGGGUGCUAUCAAUGUGUAUAUUUCUGUUGACAUUUCCCACAUGUUUACUUAUGUAUUUAUGGAGUCACUAUAGUGUUAGUACGUGGUUGUUGGCUGUGACUGCAUUUAGUGUGGAAGUGAUGUUAAAAGUGAUUGUAUCAUUAACAGUGUAUGCCUUAUUUCUUUUAGAUGCCUACAGAAACACUUUCUGGGAGGGUUUAGAUGACUAUGUGUAUUAUAUACAAUCAGCAGGAAAUACUAUAGAGUUUUUAUUUGGAAUAUUUCUGUUUUGCAAUGGGGCCUGGAUUAUGGUCUUUGAAUCGGGGGGAGCGAUACGUGCUAUUAUGAUGUGUAUACAUGCUUACUGUAAUAUAUGGGUUCAAGCAAAGAAUGGAUGGCAAGUUUUUACCAAACGCCGAACUGCAGUUAACAAAAUUAACUCUCUGCCACUGGCUUCUAAAUCGGAGCUGGAGACUUUAAAUGAUGUGUGUGCUAUUUGCUAUCAUGAAUUAAACAAUGCUAGAAUAACACGAUGUAACCAUUACUUUCAUGGUGUAUGUCUUAGGAAAUGGCUUUAUGUUCAGGAUAACUGUCCACUCUGUCACAAACUUAUUUAUGCUCCAGACAGUGUCACAAGUGAGACUCAAGAAAACAAUAAUCAGGAGGAUGAUUUUGAAGAGUUGGAUCCUGGGGUUGCGGCACCAAAUGGCUUCCAGGAUGGCUUCCAGCAGCCAUUGAACCCAGUGUUGAUAGGAAGACAGGAUGUUGGUAGACAGCUGAAUAAUGGAACUUUCCAGCCAGCUAAUACACUAAGAGUGCAGCAAGACUAGCCAAAAACUAUAUAUUAUAUAUCAGUUAUUUCUUUUCUGGUUGAGCAAUGAUCCUCCUUGAUAUCCUCAAACUUUAAACAGGAAGUGAAAGUGUUUGAAGAUUAAUUUUGUUUUCUUCUCAGAAACAGAUUGGAUCAGAUCUUUGUUCAUUUAAAUUUAUUAUUUUCAUUGUUGAAAAUACAAGUACACAAGCACUGAACUCUUAUGGAUGUCAUCAGUCCUAUAGCAGCAACAGGCCUUGUCCACAGAUUAAAUACAGCAUGGUGUGUUAAUUUGUCGACAUAGACAGAUGCUGUUAUCAUGGGUAUAGAAUUGAUGAUAUCCAAAAUUAAGAUUUCAGUGCUAUGAAUUUUCAUUCUCUUAUUUUCCCUCAUCAUGCAACAUGCAUGGUGUAUUUAUAUCUAAUCUGCCAGAAUACUUAGAAGUGCUACAGUUAUUUUGAUAAAUGUAAUAGAAUUUAAAAGUGCUCUGCUUAUUUUAAAUCUAUGAUGUGCAACAUGUUAAAGCAAAUUCUGCUUAGUCUGUCCUCAUAUACUUAAUGUUUCUAAUACAGCAAAUAUUAUGUCUAAUUAUGUACUGCACUGCACAUAUACAUGAAGAUACCCUUAUACAUGUAUGUAUGUAUUUGUUAUGAUUUAAGACUAAAAGUGAUUUUUGAGUAUUUAUUUAUUGUUUGAUUUGUUAUCAAUGUCGAUGUAUAAUAAAAGUAAUAAUUCUGAUUUGUUGCAAAUAUAGUACUUAUACUGAUCAUGCUGAAUGUACAUGUAAAUUUUAUUUCAUAUUUACAAUUUACAGUUCUGUGUAUGUAUGAAUCCAAUUGAAUUGAUGAAAAACAAAACAUAACAUUUUAAGUGUGUGUACAUGUACAAUUAUAAAUGUCAGUCCCUACAGGUGCUCUAAAGAAAUAACAUGUAAUUUGUUUG